AUGGAUGACAAUGUUCUUUUUGAUGAUGAAAUUUUUGACAUAUCUUCAGAGAGUGAAGCUAGUGAUUCUAGUGAUGAUGAUGAAAAUUUAGAAUUAAUAUUAGACAUUGAUCUUCGCCAUAAAAACGCACAUUAUUUAGAUCAAACUAUCCCACAAUACAGCAAUGAGCUAUUUCUAGAUCACUUUCGAGUAAGCCGACAUGUCGCAAUGUCUAUAGCUGAUAAAUUUGCAAAUAGUAUUUAUUACUCAACAAAUCGUUCAGGCUGUUACGGAAAAUUGAGCGCUCAGGAUGUUAUUUACAUAUUUCUUUGGUUUGCUGGACAUCAAACUGCAAGUUAUCGAGAUGUAGGGGAUCGUUUUGAUGUGACAAUAAGCACAAUAUUUCGUAUUAUUAGACGAGUUACAUAUUUUUUGAGCAAUCUUUCUCCGGAAGUGAUAACGUGGCCAACCCAACUAGAAAAAGAGGACAUUGCAGCUCAUUUUAAUAGGAAGGGAUUUCCUGGAGUAAUUGGAGCUAUAGAUGGAUCGCAUAUAAAGAUUGAUAAACCUUCAGAUGACCCAGAUUCAUACAUGAAUAGAAAAAGUUUUUAUUCCAUUCAGAUUCAGACAGUCUGUGACCACAACUUACUAAUUCGGGAUAUCUUUGUUGGAUUUCCAGGGUCUGUACAUGAUAGCCGCGUGUUCCGAAAUUCAACAUUAUGUGCCACACUACAACAAAAAUGUGUCAACUUUCAUCUAUUGGGAGAUAGUGGAUAUCCUCUUUUAACCAAUUUACUAACACCAUUUAGGGAUCGUGGACAAUUGUCAAGAGCUCAGACUAACUACAAUGUUGCUUUGGCUACUAACAGAUAUAUAAUUGAACACUGCUUUGGGCUGCUUAAGCAGAAGUAUAGGCAGUUGUAUCAUGUUAAACUUAGAAAUGUACGUGAUAUAGUUCAUUUUAUUCGAGCGUGUUGUGUUUUGCAUAACUUAGCACUGAAAGAUGAUGUGCCUUUGAAUCAAAAUGAUAUUGGACACCAGAAUGAAGUUGUUUUGGGUGACCUUUGGGAUAAUAAUGAUGAGGAUCCUGAUGAGAUACCUGAUGAUAGAAAUGGUGUCCAAAAACGAAAUGAUAUUGUAAAUAUUUUAAAUAUAAGAUGUAUUCAUAUAAGGCAGAGCAAAAACGUUUGUAAUGGCUCAGGCAAGACUGUCUGA